AUAGAAUUCACUCCUGAUGUUAAUGAUGCAGGGGCAACACAGGAAGUAAUGGCUCCUCUUCCGAGCUUCAAACCUAAACCCUUGCAAAAGGAUUACAAUCGUCAAGUUUUAUUCUGUGCCCUAAUUUCUAGGGUUUUGGUUGUUGCCCUAAUUUUCAUUUGGAGGUCCCUGAUCAGCCCUUACGAUACCUCUGCUUCGAUAAACUCUAAUUGCCUAUCGCCAUCGCCAGAUAAUCCAAGCAAUUCUUCCUCAAAAGAAAGCAUGAUUUUUAAUGGGGCAGCGAAAUCAAUAGAGGAAAGCAUUGUGUGGGAUGGGGUUUACCUUGUGAGAAUUGCAGAGUGCGGCUAUGAGUAUGAGCAGACCUACGCGUUUUUGCCGCUUCUUCCUCUAUGCAUCUCUUUAUUAACAAAGACUGUUUUUGCCCCCCUUGUUCCUCUGUUGGGUUACCGGGCGGUGUUAGGUUUAUCAGCAUAUCUGCUGAAUAAUGCAUCUUUUGUGAUUGCCGCAGUGUAUUUUUACAAAUUGUCGGUUCUCAUUUUAAUGGACUCUGAAGCUGCAAUGCGUGCAUCCACCUUAUUCUGUUUCAAUGCGGCUUCGAUUUUCUAUUCAUCAAUAUAUUCUGAGAGUCUGUAUGCGCUUCUUUCUCUUGGAGGAUUGUACCACCUUAUCUCAGGAGCUGGUUGGAAAGCUGUCUUUCUCCUAGCGUUGUCUGGUUCUGCGAGAUCAAAUGGGUUGCUUAAUGCUGGCUAUCUUUGUUUUCAGGCAAUGCAUCGAGCUUAUGAUGCUAUUUUCCACAAAAAGCAUGCUGGCUUGGCAGCAAAGGCUGUUUUUGCUGGAAUCUUACAGUCACUGUGCAUUUUUACACCAUUCAUUGCUUUUCAAGCCUAUGGAUACUUCAAUAUAUGCAAGAGAACGUUAUCAGUUGACAUAAUGCCUUGGUGCCAUGCCAGAAUACCGUAUUUAUAUGGCUUCCUUCAAAGCCAUUAUUGGGGUGUUGGUUUUUUGAGAUAUUUCCAAAUUAAGCAGCUGCCCAACUUUCUCCUUGCGACUCCAGUACUAUCACUGGCUGUGUGCUCCAUUGUUCGAUAUGCUCAUCUAAGGCCUAAAGUCUUCUUCUCUUUGGGGUUUCUAUCUUCUCAGCAAGAGAAAGAUUCCGCUGAUGUUUUCUACUCAUGGAGCGCAAAAGAGAGGCCAACAGAAGUUCAGAUUAUGAAGACUACUGGUCCCCAUAACAAAUCGACUGGGGGGGACCAAUUACUUCGACGGAGGAAAAAAAACAAAGAUGUGGCUAUAGAAUCCAUUCCUGGUCUUGUAUCAUCAGACCAAGAUUCUCAGAACUAUUCAAUUGAAGGCGGAUACUCAUCCAUUCUACUCGUUCCAUUCAUCCUGCAUCUGGGUUUCAUGGUGGUUGUGGCAUUUUUUGUAAUGCAUGUGCAGGUAUCAACUCGGUUUCUUUCGGCGAAUCCUCCAAUAUACUGGUUUGCCGCUUAUCUAAUGUGCACUCGUAGAAAUGGUUUCAGGUGGGGCUACCUGAUAUGGGCUUAUUGCGUUGCCUAUAUACUCCUUGGCAGUUUGCUCUUCUCUAAUUUCUAUCCUUUCACUUAGAAGGCCCGUGACUCUUGUAAUUAUGGAUGCUUGAGUUUUUCUUCCUUUUGGUUUCUCUUUUCCCUUCUCCACACAAUAUGGUGUUUUUUUUUGUUAAUUAAAAGUUUUGAUCUUAGUCUA